AUGAUAUUGCAAGGGAAAUAUCCCUUCCCCAUCAAAGCCAACAUCAUUCCGGGCUGCGACGGCGCAGGAACGGUCCUCGCAAUCGGCAAGAACGUCACUCGCUUCCAACCCGGCGACAAAGUAGUCACAUUCAUCAAUCAGUGGCAUCUAGCAGGCUCUAUGAAUGCAAGAGUCAUGAAAAGCGGACUGGGCGGGUCCCUCGAUGGUACAUUCCGACAAAUCGGAGCCUUCGACGAGCAAGGUUUGGUUACGAUGCCAAACGACCUUAGUUUCACCAAGGCUGCAACUUCAAGCUGUGCCGGUUUGACAGCAUGGAAUGCUUUAUUUGGCGAUCCUGGACGUCGCACUCAGCCUGGCCAUUGGGUUCUCACGCAAGGAACAGGUGGGAUGAGUAUAUUUGUACUGCAAUUUGCGAAGGCGGUCGGGGCGAGAGUUAUUGCUACGACUAGCUCUACGGAGAAGGAAGAGUUUUUGAGAAAGCUGGGCGCCGAUCAUGUUAUCAAUUAUCGGGAUGAGCCGAAUUGGGGGGAGGUUGCGCUGAAGUUGACAGGUGGUGAGGGUGUGGAUUGUGUGGUUGAUGUUGCUGGCCCAACGACCCUGACGCAGAGUGUUGCUGCUGUGCGGCUGGAUGGUUUGAUUAAUAUCAUUGGCAUUGUUGGGGGUGGAAGCAUGGAUGCGCCGAUGCCCAGCUUGUUGGAAUGUUGGUCGAAAUUGUUCACGGCUAGAGGCCUCUGGAUGGGAAACAGAGAGCAGGUGGAGGAGAUGUGUCGGGCCAUUCAGGCGGCACCUGAGAAAUUACGUCCCGUUGUAGAACAGAGGGUUUUCAAACUGGAGGAUCUCAAAGAUGCCUAUCGCUAUUCGGAGUCAGGACAUCACCAGGGUAAGGUGUGUGUUGACAUGGACCUUCGCUAA